UAUAUUCUUCAUCACCUCUCUCUCUCUCUCUGUCUCUCUGUCUCUCUAGUUGAGCUUUGUAUCAAUGUCUCCUGCACUGAGUUUGGCAGUUGAAGCCAAGAGAGAAGACGAAAGUCGAUACCAGAAAGGAGUGAGACAUCUAUGUGAGACUGGGAUUACCAAAAUCCCAACAAAGUAUAUAUUGCCAGUUUCGGACCGACCCGAAAAUGGAGAUCACAAUGCCAACAAUUAUGGUAUCACGUUACCAGUAAUUGACUUUGCUCAACUCCAAGGCUCGAAUCGAUCCCAAGUGCUUCAAUCCCUCUCAAAAGCUUGUGAAGAAUAUGGGUUUUUUCAGUUGAUAAACCAUGAAAUCGGGAGCGAAGUAAUACAAAAAAUGAUUGAUGCAAGUAGAAGAUUUUUUGAGCUCCCAUUUGAGGAGAGAGCAAAGUACAUGUCUUCCGAUAUGCGAUCACCGGUCCGGUACGGCACGAGCUUUAACCAGAAAAAAGAUGGAGUGUUUUGUUGGAGAGACUUCUUGAAGCUUAGCUGCCAUCCCCUCUGUGAUGUUCUUCCUUUCUGGCCUUCUUCUCCUUCUGACUUAAGGGAAGGGGCAGUUAACUACUCAAAGCAAAUCAAAUUCUUGUAUUUGAUGCUGAUGGAGGCCAUUGUAGAGAGCCUAGGGUUGACAGAGACCGGUGACGACAAUGAUGGCAUUUUAAAAGAAUUUGAAGAUGGGAGCCAACUCAUGGUGGUGAAUUGUUACCCCUCAUGUCCAGAGCCAGACCUAACCCUAGGCAUGCCAGCUCACUCAGACUAUGGCUUGCUCACACUUCUUCUCCAAGAUGAAGUCAAAGGUCUCCAGAUACACCAUCAAGGGAGAUGGGUUACUGUUGAACCCAUUCCAAACUCAUUUGUUGUCAAUGUUGGUGACCAUCUUGAGAUUUUUAGCAAUGGAAGAUACAAGAGUGUGCUCCAUAGAGUGGUGGUGAACUCUUUAAAAUCUCGAAUCUCCAUAGCUUCACUGCACAGCAGACCCAUCGACAGCGUGGUUCAACCAUCCCCCAAACUCAUCAACGAAGCAAACCCUAGGCGUUACAAAGACACAGAUUUUGCCACUUUUCUUGAAUAUAUUAUAUCUUGUGAACCCAAAAGCAAGAAUUUCCUGGAGUCCAGGAAACUAACUUGAGGGGCAAAAUUGGAAAGUCAAAAAUUAUCUUUGACUUUGUUAGCAAUUAAUUACUUUCUAUGAAAGUAAAAUGAUUUUGAUGGGAUCUCUAGUCUAGUAGUAAUUGUUAGUAAUUGUACCUUUGACAGCCAUUAGAUAAUAUAAAAGCAAUAAAAAUUUUAUCUACUCUUUAGUGCU